AGGCAGAUCAGGUUGAUAAGAAAAAGGAAAAGAAAAAAAUGGGUUUGAAAUCAGUUUUAUUUGUUUUGGUGAUUGUUGGUGCCAUGGGAGCUCCAUUAAUGGUGGAAGCUCAGCUUGGGAUUGUUGGCAGUCUCCUUGGCCUUAUUAGAAUCCAAGGAACUGUCUUUUGCACUGCCAAUGGCAACAUUGGCAUCAAUGGCACUGCUACUCCUAUUUUCCCAAAUGCAUCAGUGCAACUUCAGUGUGGAAAUGGUAACAUUGUGUCAACUACAACAACGAACAAUAUGGGAGUCUUUUCAAUAUUAUUGAAUCCUCUCCAGUUCCUUCUUUCUUUAAUCACAAGCAGUUGCAGCACCGUAGUUAAUACACCGCUGUCCAACUGCAAUGUGACGUUGCCAUCUACCGGAGUUCUACUUUCGAGGUUGGGUUUUGUCGGACAAACGAUGGAGGGUAUCCUCAACAUCUUGAACGUAGCCCCGAACGGAUUCGAGUUCCUACCAUCUCUUUAAAAUGCCAGUCAUCAGUCAAAUAUAUUGAUAAUAGGGGAUGCAGAAUAACAAGUAUUUGAGUUUUACUACUUCUAAUGUUACUAUCAGUUGUGAGUUCUCUCUCAAAGUUGAUUGAGUUAUGUUGUUGUUUGUUAUUGUGUUUCUGCAUGUUUGUUGUUGUUUGUUAUUGUGCUUAUGCAUGUUUGUUGUUGUUUCCAUUCCAAAAAUAAAAGGUUGUGUGCUGCUUGUUAUUAUAGCUAUUUUAAAGUGGAGUUAGUGUAAUAUCAUUACAAUUUAAGAGACA